AUGUCGUCAGAGACCAUCUACAACCAGCCAAUAGUGAUAGACAAUGGGUCAGGAAUGAUAAAGUCAGGUUUUGCCGGGGAUGAGCGACCGAAAAUUAAUUACUCCAACAUCAUAGGAAGACCAAAGUAUACUAAGGUGAUGCCAUCAUCGAUCUCCGAGCAGGACACCUUUAUUGGUUCCAAGGCUCAAAAAUUGAGAGGAUUACUCAGAUUAAAGUAUCCAAUGAGUCAUGGUAUUGUGGAAAACUGGAGUGAUAUGGAACAAGUAUGGAAUCAAGUAAUAUCGGAUCUUGACUGUAAACCUGAAGAGCAUCCACUAUCUAUAACUGAACAACCAUUGAAUCCACGAUCCAACAGAACCAAAAUGUGCGAAGUUCUAUUUGAAACAUUCAAUUUUCCAGUACUUCAUGUUGCCAUGCCGGCAGUUCUUUCUCUAUAUUCCACCGGUCGAACUACGGGAGUGGUGGUGGACUCAGGUGAUGGUGUUACCAGUAUAGUGCCAGUAUACGAGGGAUUCGCCAUUCCCGGUUCUAUAAAGAGAAUCAAUCUUGGUGGAAGAGAUAUAACGAAAAGAUUACAGAUAGAAUUAAUGAGAUCGGGAUACAGUCUCACGUCAUCAAGCGAGUUUGAGAUAGUGAGAAGUAUGAAGGAAAGACUUGGGUUUGUGGCCCCAGAGUUACAGUCGUUGCAUAUGGGAGGGAGAAGUUUAAUAAGCGAAUAUCUUAUGUAUGAUUCAACGGCAGAUGUGAAAUCGUUCAAACUUCCUGACAACAAAGUUAUCAAGAUGAGUGAAUCUUGCUUAAGUAGACCAUGCGAGGUUAUGUUCCAACCGGAAUCGUCGGGUUUCGAGGAGACAUCGAUACAGGAUGCUCUUUACUACGCAAUUAUGCAGACAGACGCGGAUCUAAGAAGCAAAUUGUUCCAGAAUAUUGUUCUCAGUGGAGGUUCUACACUUUUCAAGAACUUCGGUACAAGACUACUUCGAGAAAUGCAACGACUAGAUACCGAAGCCAAACUUAAGAUCUACGCAUCUGCUGACAGAAAGGUAAGUUGCUUUGUGGGAGGCUCGAUUCUUGCCAGUCUAAGUACAUUCAAAAACAUAUGGGUAACGAAAUCUAUGUACCAAGAAGAUCCUUACUGCAUCCAUCACAAGUUCCCAUAG